GUUUUCUCUAACAGUUGUAAAAUGAAAUUUAACGGUUUAAUAACAAUUUUUGUUCUCAUCGCAUUAUUUGCAAUUUAUUGCUCCGGUCAGGCUCCACCGAAUUGUUAUGGCAAUGUUGCAGUACUAUGUGCUGGAGGUGGACCUAAGGUUAAUGCUCGAGCUGGUUCGGGACCUUGUGAACCCUAUGACAAUAAGUGUUUGGUGGAACAGUUGAAUUGUAUUCGUUACAAGAGUGGUGAAACAUUAUUAACUCCCUGUUAGAGGAAUGAAUUGUUUAUUAUAUAUUAAAUUGUUUGUUAAUACUCUUUUAGUCUACAAUAAAAUUUUGCAAAAAGUUA